AUGACGAGCUCGCUCGGUUCAAAUUUGCAUUUGCCUUGUAGGAAACUGAAACCAGCGGAUGUUUUCUGUAGAUCAUCUUCUGACAGCAAAACAGAGAUCUGCGAGGGAACCUUGCUGCCAUUAUGGGGGCUUUUCACUCAGUACCGGAAGAUCAUCACUAUCGGAUAUUGUCUGAGAAGACAGGCUGUAAUUUCACUGGAGCAGAUCAAGAUUCUUCAUAAUCGCUUCAAGCAGUUAAGCAAUAAUGACGAUGUCUUACGGAGAGAUGAUCUCAACACACUUCCAGACCUAGCAAGCAACCCAAUUCGAUCCCAGAUUGUAGCAGCUUUCUUUGAUAGAAGAAACUUCCAGAAAGGAGAUGAAGGCUCAGUUCAAGAAAUUGGCUUUGAGGAGUUCCUCAUUGUCAUGUCUUACUUCAGAGCUCCAUCAGUGCACAUGACAGAGGAACAAAGAGAAGAGAUACGGAGGACAAAACUGCGCUUCCUUUUUAACAUGCAUGACACUGACAAUGAUGGGACCAUAACACUGGAGGAAUACAAACAUGUAGUGGAGGAGCUGCUCUCUAGGAGUGGAUCACUCGGAAGGGAAACAGCCAAGGGCAUUGCAGAUGCUGCCAUGCUGGAGGUUGCUAACAUUUCAGUGGGCCGCAUGAUUCUGAAAGGAAUAGAAAUUGAGACGAGGAUGCACAUCCGGUUCUUAAAUGUGGACACAACGAGUCUGUGCAAAUGA